GCUCUGCCAGUACCGUCAUCUCCUCUACUAUCUCCUUUCCUCUCUUUCUUCCUCGCCAUGUCUGUUCAAAUCGACCCCGCUACCGUCCUGGGGUUCAACAGACCCCUUACGCAACAUGUCAAACGCGCACUACACAUCACGAAUAAGAAUGCUCAGCCUGUGGCUUUCAAGGUCAAAACAACAGCUCCAAAGUUGUACUGUGUUCGACCGAAUUCUGGGAGGGUGGAGCCUGGGGAAACCGUUGAAGUGCAGGUCAUGCUGCAGGCAAUGAAGGAGGAGCCACCACUAAAUGCCAAAUGCAAAGACAAGUUCCUAAUUCAAAGUACCCUCAUUUCUCCGGAGAAGGAGACUCUCUCACUGCAAGACAUGUGGAACGCAGAGUCUCCAGACGAUAUAUCUUCCCAAAAGAUCCGCGUUGUAUAUUUGCCACCGGAAGGACAGACUGUUCCAGAAGAAGAUGAGGGUGCGCCAGGGAACGUGAGCUCCUUCAUCAAUGCCUCAGACUCACAAUUCGACACCGUGCAUCCUAUCCCAUACAAUGGCCACGUUGGUCAACAACCUAUCCCCGACUUCGAACCUCCCUCUCAGCAGCCACCGCAUGGUGAAGAGCGUGGUGCUCCCGUCCCUGAAGUUCUCUCUCGACAGGCCGAACCAUCUGUACACGAGUAUCCCUCCGUCAUCGAGCCACGACCUCCUGUGCCUGCGCCUGCGCCCGUAGCGCAGGAAGAACGUCACGAAGAACCGCAGCAUGAAGCCGAGGAAGAACAACCAGCGCUUGUUCACGUUAAGGUUCACACCCCUCAACCUCAUACGCCCCCACCUCCUGCACCCGUGCCUGUGGUAGUAGACCCCAAUCCGGAAUUAGUCGCUAAGCUGAAGGAUGCUCAGGCCGAAAUCGAAAGACUGAGAAAUCUCAUUUCGAGCAUGCCGGAGCCGAGCUCCAUUCCCACAACGACUAUUGAUGAGACAGGUUCUACGGUGACACCUACUGAGUUGAGAAGACGUACAAGGGCGUUGUCGGAUGAUGGAUCGAGUACUUGGGAUGGGCAGACGGAGAUCGGCAGUUAUGUUGAUGAGGGAGUGUUGCAGGGUCCACCAGAAGGCGUGCCAUUACAAGUGGUUAUCAUCAUUGCGUUGGCGGUGUUCGUUACGACCUAUCUAUUCUUCUGAUGAGUCUCCAUGCUGUUUGUUUUCCCCUUCUUUGUUGCCUUUCUUCCUUGCCGCAUCGUCUCAUGCGUUUUCUGAUCUUUUGUUCGCUACUUAUUAUUCUAUGUCGGUUUUUGGUGGCUCACUAUACAUAAAGCGCUUCAUCGGUGGACUCUUAACACAGAUUUUCUCUGCUGCGCCCCUUUCACCCUCCUUUGGUUCUGCUCUCUGUGUCUAUGUUGUUCCUUCCUUUCUCAGUACCUAUUAGUUCAUUUUAUUUCUUUUCCUUGAAGGUUUCCCACCUUCAUCUUAUAACGUUCUGCACGUGGUUGCGUUUGGUUGCAACGUGUACAUACAUACAGUAGCUCUCGAUUCUUGCUGACGUCUGGAAUUCAUCUUA